AUGGAAGAGUCUAAUAAAAAUGAAGAGUCAAACUCGAACUAACAUCAAGAUCUCUCAAUGAAUCAAAUCUAGUAGCAUGAUAAUGAGUAAUCAAGCAACCAGGUUCAGAAUGAUACAACACUGAAUCAAAUUCAUGAAGAGCAAGAAAAUAUUCAAGAGGACAAUAAUCAAGACAUUUAGGAUGACCUCCUAGAGAAUCAACAAAAUGCGAUAAAUGAGGAGUAGUAAGUGUAAAAGUAGAGGAAAAACCGCGAGUUAUCAUAUAUGAAAGCCCAGAAUAUAAUUAACGACAACAAUAACUUGGUUGUAAAACAAAGACAAUCUUAAGGUUCUUUCCUUAAGAGUUAGCAAGCAAAGAUGUAUAACUUCAUAUCUAAAUAGAAGCAAGAGAGAGCAUUAGAUUUCAACCAGAUGAGAAAGAACUUAGAUGCUUUGAGAAUUCCAUAGGAUAUUGAGUAUCUAUUUCCAAACAAAGUGAGAGUUUAUGAGUAAAUGAGGGAUCUUGAUGAAUAAAUGAAUCAAUUCAUAAAGUAGAAGCUUCUAAGUGUAAAAGAAGAUCUGCUUUAGAAUAAUGCGCCAAAGGGCGUAAAAAGAAACAUGCGAGCCAUGAUUGAAGUUUUUCAUGUUAACCCACAUGCUUAAAUGACAGGAACUGAAUGGAAAAUAAGAAUUGAGGGAAGACUUAUGGGUCAAGAGACUGAAAAGCAAAUUCUAGCAGAUGACGGAUCUACAGGUAGCAAAAGAUUUUUGAGUUUCUUUGAGAGAGUUAAAAUUGAAUUCCCCUAAGAGGAAUAUCCUGAUGUUGAAUGGAAUAAAGCGAAGACUGAUACUGGCUCCUCAUUUGACUGCAUUGAGAUCGUAAGAGCUUUCCCGAAAGAUUAAAAGAGAAAAUAAUAACCUAUUCCAGUCAAACUAAGCUUCUAUGUUGAGAACAAUCCUAAGAAAUAUAGACUUUCUAGUUAAUUAUCGAAAGUCCUAGGAAUUGAGGAGGAUACUAGGCUUCGUAUUAUAGGUGCACUUUGGUAAUUUAUAAAAUCAAACAGACUAUAAGACUCGGAUAAUCGCGAACUCAUCAACUGUAAUUCGGAACUAAUGGAAAUAUUUGGUGAUGACAAGCUAGAGUUUCAUAACGCUAUCUUUAAACUUAAGGAUCAUCUCUUUGAUAUCCUUCCGAUUGAGUUAAACUUUGAAAUCCAAACUAAAAGAGGUUGUCCCUAGUAAACUAUUCACUUUUAUGAUUUGCCUGUGUUUGAAUAUCAUACAAAAUCUUAAAGAGAACAGAUUGAAUUCCUAAUUAACUGCAAUUACGACUUUUUUAAUAGUAGCUAAGACCAUUUGGAUCUUGAUAAUGGGACCCAUAGCACUACUAAACUAGCAUUGAAUGGAAACUUACUUAAGAAAAGAGAGACCAAGUAUAAUAUUAAGAUUUCAAAUUCAAUUGAGAAAAUGAAGAAGAGUUAUAGGCAUAUGGAAUUUUACAACAGAAUGAGCAGAGACGUGAAAACCUAGAUUUAAAAUGUGAUUGUUGAAUAAAAUAAAUGGCUAAAAGUUAUAUAGGAAGAAUAGACUCCCUACUUUGAGCCUCAAGGGGAGCAUGAAUAAGCUAUGUUCUAUCAGUAAAACUAGAAUUGGAUUAUGGGGGAGGUUGAAAAUUACAUCACCUAAGUUAAGAGUAUAAAAGCAGCAAAAGCUUAAGAAGAGGAGAAUAUGAAUGACCAAUCUUAUGGUAAUGAGGAUGAAAUUCAGGGUAAUGAAAAAAAUCAAAGUAAUAAUGAGAAUUCUAGAAGUUAAAACAAGAGAAGUGUGGGUGGUGGUGAUAAUGAGCAGAGUGAAAAGAAACAUUCUAUCGUACCUAAUGGACUCAGUUCCGCAGUUAAUGGUGCUCAUGUUACUACAAGAAGUGGCUCCUAUAACCUUAGAGGAGCUUAAUGA